UUACAAAUUAGUGAAUUCGAGGUACAGUGUUGGCUACUCAUGGCAUAUAACCUUAAGUGUUUUCUUAGUGCAUAUCGUGAAAAUUUACAACGAAAAUACACAUAAUCGAGCGAGUAUGGAAAGCAAAGAGGACAGUGUUAGGGUAAAACAAGAGCCGUUCGAUACUUGCACAGAAGCAGGUGAUGAUUGCAAUUAUAAUUUGGUGGACACUUGCAAAAUCAAAAACUUUGACACAUUCUCGUUUCAUGAAUCAUCAACAAAUAACACGAAUGAGGUUAUGGCAUGGCGUCAAGAAAAAUUAGAUGAAAAAAUAUUCAUUGAUUUAGAGUGCAAAGAUGUUAAGCUAGAAUUCAAUUCUUUGUCUGCAAAAAUUUGCAAGACUGAGUAUCAAAAUUAUCCAUCUAUUGUGAAAAUUGAAAAUAAAACUUACAACGGAAAAGCUAGUUUAAAUGCACAUAUGAAUACGACACAUAAGGGCAUUACAUUAUACGAGUGUGAUGUGAUUCAAAAAUCAUUUGGAUGCAAGAAUAAUCUCAAUAAACACAUAAACUCUGUUCAUGAUUUUGAAUAUGACAUUUGUCAAAAGUUUUAUAGUCGCAAAGCUCAUAUAGAUGCAUUAAAUAAUCUUAAAAAACCAUUUGAAUGUGAUAUUUGCAACAAAUCAUUUGGGCAAAAUUAUAUCCUCAAAAGGCACAUAAAUGCAGUACACAAUUCGAGAAAACCCUUCGAAUUACCCUCAAAAGGCACAUAA